AUGGCGCUCGGUCCCCUGGGCCGCUUCUUCUUCCUCUGGCGUUCUCCUUUCUCCGUCGCUUGGCUUGCAGCGGUGCGGGACUCGGUCUCCUGUUGUUGGGCCGUCUUCUUCGUGCCGUUCCCUGGCCCAGGGAUACAGUAUCCCGAUGCUUUCAGCGGAGCGGCCCCUGAAGGCGCGUUUUCCUUGGAUCGGGUGGAGUCCAGGGGUGUCGUCGGUCUCUUCGCGUCUGCUUCCUCUCUCGGACAAAGAAGGGAAAAAGACUGGUGGAACAAGGAAGCCGCAGAAUUCGAAAGAUAACAAGUGAUAUCUACAGCAAGGCCCAUGGUUGGAAGCCGGUUGACAGGCGUCUCCAGUGACAUUUUGCUGCUGCUCAUGCAUC